AUGUUUUCCGAAAUAUCUCCCCCGAGUGACGUCGCGGGUAUGAAAAAAUUGGACCGGGAGAAGUUUGUUAAGGAUGUUGUUAUUCCACAUUUCAUCACGGAAAAAUCGUCGGUCUCCAAAGCCAUAUCUCUGCUGAAGCCACUUUUUCUGAAAUUGCGAAAUUUCAAGCCAGUUACGGAAGCUGUGUGCGAUAGCCCUGGAAAAGAGCAGAAGAAAAUUUUUCUGGAUCCCAAAAAAUUCGACGCGUGUACGGACAUCCGUCAGAGGAUAAAUGCGGCAGAUGUUCGCGGAGUUUUCGGUGAAAGUAUAGUCCGAUUGACCUAUUCAAAUUGGAACAAGGAUGAAAUAUUGAAAGCGGUAUUACCGACGGGAAUGGAACACAUUUCAAGUUUUUCUUCAAUCGGCCACAUUGUCCACGUGAAUUUGCGUGACGACCUUCUGCCGUAUAAGCUCCUCAUCGGAGAAGUGCUUUUGGAUCAAGUGGUAAACGCUCGUUCAGUAGUCAAUAAGAAGUCUGGCAUUUCUAGUGUUUAUCGUAAUUUCGAAAUGGAGCUUCUUGCUGGAGAAGAAGAUACGGUUGUCACUGUAUCUGAGAGUGGGUGCCGAUUUUCAUUCGAUUUCGCCAAAGUUUACUGGAAUCCGCGACUGUCGACGGAAAGAGACAGAAUUCUCAAGGUAUUGACGCGCGGAGAUAUUUUGAUGGAUGUUUUUGCAGGAGUUGGUCCGUUUGCCAUCCCUGCUGCAAAAAAGUGUGAAGUUCAUGCCAACGAUCUAAAUCCUGCAUCGUAUGAUUCCUUGAAAACAAAUUUGCUGCUUAACAAAGUUGAAUGCUCAACGUACAACAUGGAUGGUCACGAAUUCAUCGCUCUUCACUGUGCGGCUGUUAUUCGAAGGCAUUGGAAAGCACUUCUUGGCGUGCCUCCCUGUGACAGGCAACAGCCGUCGAAACUUCAUGUUUUGAUGAAUUUACCCGCUAUAGCUGUAACUUUUUUGUCCUCAUUCGUCGGACUGAUGAAUAACUGCGGGAUCCAUUGCAAGCAAAUCAAUGAUCUAUUCCUACCAAUCGUGCAUGUUUAUUGCUUCUUGAAGGAAUCGGAAAACAUUCAAUCUGAUGCAGUGAAGCUAGUUGAAAGCCAUCUUGGGCGCCCUCUUCGAAAAACUUAUAUUCAAGAAGUAGUGCUUGUCCGGGACGUAUCACAUUCGAAGAUGAUGGUGCGCAAUCAACCGAUUCGUGCUGGACUUCUGCCAGCGCCUGCUGGGGCAAGACCAGGAUUUUCGAAAACUGAAAAUUUGCCUGAAACUCAGUCGACAACUACGUACGGCUUUCAAAGAAAUUAUGGCUCUUCCCAAGCUUCGCAUGAUUUGGGUAAUCCGCCAUUGUCACAGAACAGCGUUGACAAUAGAAUGCAGAUGACUGGGAACUCUCCCAGUGGAGUCCCGAAGCAGGGGAAUUUCGGUGGGGCCACAAGUUCACAAGGUGGGUUUGGAGGAAAUCCGCCGCCGCCGCCGCCCCCAUCUGUAGCGCCUGUUGGGUAUACAGGAUAUAGUUAUUCCGGUAAUCCACCGAGUAGUGCCGUGAAUCAAAAUGUGCCGGGCCGACAACCGGUUGCUCCUGGACCAACUCAAAAUACCGGAUAUACUGGGUACGGAUAUUCCAGCAAUCCACCAAGCAGUGCCGUGAAUCAAAGUACGCAAGUCCGUCAGCAGAUAUCUGGAGCAUCCCAAAAUCAUGCUUUCAACAACACCCAGCAGGGUAAAAAUUUUCCGGGCCCACCCAUGAACCAAGCCUUUCCGGGAUCGUCACAGAACCAAAGAUUCCCUGGUGCGCAACAAAGGUUCCCCGGGCCUCCGUCAGUUCAAACUUUCUCUGGUGUCCCUCAGACUCCGAGAUACCCGGAUGCAAAUCAUUAUCCUACCCAUUCGUCGCAGAAUCAAAAUCGACCAGCUGAACUUCACAAUCAAGGCUAUUUUGGUCCACCUCAGAAUUUCGGUUAUCCUUCUGCACCAUCAAAUCAAGGUUUCUCGAAUGUAGUCCCAGGAGCCGCUCAAAACCGAACUUUUCCAGGAACGCAUCCUAACCCAAAUUAUACCGGCGGAAGUACAAGUUCUAUUCCGGUCCCACAUCCUUCCAGUGGUCAAAAUGCAGUUCCUCCAUCGUCGUUAUUGAUGUUCAAUAAGCCUCCUCCCCCACCUCCAGAACCUCAUCCAAAUGUCGAUAUGGAGAUUGAAGCGGAAACAGGAAGUGACCGUUGCGAAACGCCGGAAAGUCAGCUGGAUGAAAGUGAAAAACUUUUUAGAAAAGAAGCGCAAGAAUGGCAGAAGGGCUACGAUGAUUGGAAGGAGCAGAAUAAAAACCACCCGGAUAAGGAACUUUACAAAAAGUACGAAGCACAAUGGAAUUGCUUAGGAGACCGGUUGAAAGAGCACAGAGCCUCAUUGCGAGCGAAUCGACUGAAAAACCGGGCGCAAGCGCAAGCUCUUGCCAAGAUAGCUUUGGAACAGCGUCCACCAUCUCCUCCAGAACCGUUUCCUGAGAAUACCGAAGACGAUGUUAAGACGUCGGAAACUUCUGGUUCGUUUUGGUCCAGGCAAAAUCAAGAUCGUCCGGCAGACCCGUCUAGUGUACUCCCGUUGCUGUCGCCUUCCAAAGUUGCUCAGAAACCGCCAGAAUCGCAUCUACGCAUCGAUCCGCCGAGAGACGAAAUUAUACCUACAAUUGAAUUGGAAGAUGUUGAAGAAGAGCCUGAGCCGCCUCGACCGUCUCAGUCUAAGUUUUCUUCUGAUCUACCCAACACAACCGACCUCAAAGCGAUUUUGGAUAAAAUUCAAGGAAAAAAUCAGUCCGACGGACCCAACGAACCUACGCCUGAAUCCAAGAAGUCGUUGUUGCCCACCCCGCAGGUUCCCUCGAAGAAAAAUUCAAUGCCGCAAGUUUCUGAAAGCAGGAGAGGAAAUUUGGAAAUUCCAUCGAGGAAUCAGGAACAGACACAAGAGGACUAUCUGUUUGAGCGCCGCGAUUCCGUUGAACGUGUCUGUGAGACUGAGCUUGUUCCAGAUGAAAUAAUGCACGAAGAAAUGCACGAAGAAAUGCAGUGGAGAAAUGAAAUGGCACGGCGAAAACUUGAGUCGCAGGCCGACGAAUUAUUCCAGAAUCCAAUGCCCGCACAACUUGGACGUGCGGGCAAUUUACGUGAAACCAUAGAAAUUGAACGCAGGAUGGAUGAGGACGAGCUUGAGUUACAGACCCCAGCCGAAAUCGCACUGACUCCGUUUAAAAACUCCCCAUGGUUUUUGUCGCAUCACUACGAGUGGCUAGAUCACGUAUCUAUCCACGAGCCUGAUCCAAUAAUCCGCGAGACUCAUGUUCACGUGCUGGAUGAUGAAGUGGAAGAAUUGCUGCAAAAACAAGCGAAACCGGAUGUGCGUGCAGUAGAAAUCGUAGACGAAGAAGAAGAAGAUUUCGACAUGCGUUUCUCGGACUCGCCGUGGCUUCCGUUGCACUUAGAAGGCCUUGAUCAUCCAUCGUACUCAUCCAAAGAAAAACGGCUGGAAUUGGGAGGAAAAGGCCCAGAUUGGUACGAUUCACCUUGGCGUGAAUUGCACACAGAAGACCUGGAUUACCCAUACGAAAGUGAAUUCCAAAGGCUAAAGCGCAAGGCUGCCGAGCCAUUACCUUUCAAGCCGAUUUCGUUCGAUGACAGUUAUGACAUCGAUGCACUGAUGAUCGAUAGACGACCCAAAAUUGGCGCUAAAAACGAAAAGAAGGGGGAAAAAUCGACUCCCCUGGCGGAACCUAUGGCGGAAGCUUGCCAAGUCUGGGAUGACGAUGCUGAAGAAUUUGUGGAAUGUCAUAAUUACACCGAUCGAUCGUAUGAAGCAUCGCGUAAUUAUCGUCGAUCACCUCGGAGAGAAAGAAUCAUGAUGAGUCGUUCACCACCACCAGUAACUCGAGGAGUCGUGAAAACAGUCGAGAAAGAAGCUCGAGGCGGGAGAGGAGCCGUGACAGAAGUCGAGAGCGAUUUGAUAGGUUUCGUGACCAUGAUGAACGUCGUGGACGGAGCAGAGAUUCCAGUUUUGAUCGAGAAAUGGGAAGAGGGAAGCAUGCAAUUUACGACAGGAACAUGGAAAGAGAGUCUAGCUACGACAGGCGUCGUGAAUUCAGUCCACGGAAUCGGGAUCGCAGUGCUUCUAUUCGGAAUUCGAACCAAAGUUUCCACAAAGACGGCCAUCAACGUGGAUUUGAUGAUAGAGAACCCAGCGAGCGUCGAACUGAUCGAGAACGUAGACUCGCUGAAGUAUAGACGACCUGCGUUUGUUGCGAAACGCCAUCAGAGCCGGAGUCCACCGUGGGAAGAGCAUCGUUCAAAGAAAAAAUCUCCACCAUCAUCGAAUAAUCCGCAAAAUGAUUGGUUUGCGACAGCAUUUGCGGAACUGGACAGCGAUAUUCCACCACCACCAAAACUGUACGGCAACAAUGCCAGUGACAUUGCAACCAUUGAAGACGACGGAUUUGAAGAGUACGCCCCACCUCCGCCACCAAGCUUGAAAGAGAAUAGAGCGGUCAAAGACAAUACUGAUGGGGUUUUAAUGAAUAAAUCACCACAAGUUUGUGAAAGAAGAGCUGUUCCAGUGAGGAGAGAACCGAAUGUUGACGUUGACACCUUACUCUUCCCGCCGGGAAGAAAUUCGAGACCUGACCUUAUAGUGAUUUUUAUUCGUGGUACACCAGGAGCAGGGAAGUCCCACAUCGCAAAAUUAAUUAAGGAAAAGGAAACUGAAUACGGCAGUAGUGCUCCGAGAAUAUUCGGAUUGGAUGAUUACUUCCUCGUUGAAAGUGAACAAUUUAUUGCCGACGCCUCCGGUCGUCGAGUGAAAACGAGGGUCAUGAAAUAUGAGUACGAUGCUGAUAUGGAAGAAAAUUACCGACAGAGUUUGAUUAAGGUUUUCAAAAAGACGAUCGAUGAUGGGCAUUUUUCGUUCAUCAUUGUUGAUAGCAUCCAUGACAAAGUCCGACAUUUCGAAGAGAUGGCGAGUUAUGCUCAGUUGAAAGGGUUCCAGAUAUAUGUUAUUGAAAUGUAUGCGGAUGCUGAAGUGUGUCACCAACGGAACCUGCAUGAUCGAACUUUGAAAGAAAUCGAAGAUAUGUUGAAUGGUUGGGAAGUGACGCCCACAACCUACAAUGUUCUUGGGAUUGAGCGGUUGUUCCAGGAUCCGAUAGAAGAGGUUGAAAUGAAAGAUGAGAUGGAGGAGAUUCCUGAAGCUCCAACUGGACGCCAACUUGAGGAAGACUUCGACGAGGGAGAAUCCUCUGGCAGCUACGUUAUGAGCAAAUGGGAAAAAAUGGAAAUGUCUGACGAAACACUUGACAAGCUGGAUUGUAUGCGGAUGAAAAAGAAAAAUGAAGAAAUUGAUACUGCUGAGGAAUGGUUGAAAAUGCACGCUGACGAUAGAGGAUCUGACAAGCAAGUCAAGCGGGUUCGAUGGAAGGACAUCGAGACAAUAACGGAGCAGACCCGCAUGCGAGAAAUCGGCUUUGUAGUUGGGCAGAAUAAUUGGCAAGAUUUGAACGAUCCUGGAUUUGCCAAGUCUGCCUUGGUUCAAGUCAAGUAUUUUGACCGAGAUUCUUGAUAUGUGUACGUGUUAUUCCCAUUUGCGAGUUAUGCUUAUUUUCUGAGCUGCCUCAUAGUUUUCCUCUUGAGAAAAUACUGUGUUUGUCCACAACAGCGUGAAGCAGUUCAAGGGUCUUCAUGCUAUUGAGUAGUGUCAUGUUCACAAAAUGUAGCUGAAAGAGCAGGAACCUUGUUCUAUUUCGAGAUCGUCGACAUCUGCGUUUAUAUUUCCGUCGUGUGUCUGAUUGUAAUUUCCUGUCGCGUCGGAUCAAAUUAAAAGCACAUUCAUCAAACAAGAAAGAA